UUCCCAUUCCACCAUUUCUUAACCCCUCCGCCGCUGUAACACCUUCCUCUCAAGCAAAACCUCCUACACUUACAAAUCAAACAUGCCUUGGCUCUUACGUGAAAGAAGAGGCCCGCAAUGGAAGCAGGGAUGGCGAGCCCAGACUCUCAACUCGCUUUCCCUCCCGCCAGCGCCUCUCCUCACCAUCUUCGCCAUCGUGCUGCUUUUUCUUUCGCUUCCUUUGUCAAGAAAGGGUUAUAGGGAGAGGGUGGAGCGUGCGGAGGUAGGGCUGCGACUGCUUCUGUUACUUGUGCCUUUGAUGCUUGUAUUUUUGGCGAAGUGUUUAGUUGUUGAUGGGAGAAUGGUAUUGCCGGCACGGAUGAGGGCGGAGCAGGAGGGGAUACAAAGAGCGGGGAGUUCCUCGUGGGGGAUGGCAGCCUUAGUGGUGCUGUUGCUGGUUUAUGGUUUCGUUUCAUUCUUCAUUUUCAUUCUUCAUUUGAGUCGCAGUGGUUUAGGCCACUUUGGCGGAGAUUGUAGGAGCUUGCUGU